AUGGCCAGCGCCUCUCAGAGCAACCUUGCCAUCGACGCAGACGACCACAAGAAGCUGUCUCAGGACGUCGAGGCCGGUCCCAGCGACGAGCUCCACUACGGUGAGCAGGGCGAUGAGGAGGUCCUCACCGGUGUCUCCAAGGUCGAGGCCGCCGCCGCUGUCUGGGGCCCCAAGAGCCAGUGGUUCCUCUUUAUCGGUAUCGCCCUCUCUGCCUACAUCUACUCCCUGGACAGUAACACCACCUGGCAAUACCUCUCCUACGCUACUUCCUAUGUCCUCGAACACUCUGUCUCCGGUACCAUCUCUACUGCCAACGCCAUCAUCAUUGCUGUCGGCAAGCCUUUGAUGGCCAAGCUCGCUGAUGUUGUCGGUCGAGGUGAGACCUUCAUCAUCGUUGCCGUUCUCUACUGCAUUGGCUACAUCGUGAUCGCUACCGCCAACGACGUUGGCCAGAUCGCCGGUGGUCAAGUCAUCUACUCCUUCGGUUACACCGGUCUCCAGAUGCUCCAGCAGAUUGUCAUCGCCGACAUGACCAACUUGAGAUGGCGUGGUCUUGUCAGUGGUCUGGUCAGUGCCCCCUUCAUCAUCAACAACUUCGUUGCUGCCGAGAUUGCCACCGACAUCCUUCCCAACUGGCGAUGGGGUUACGCUAUGUUCGCUAUCCUCGUUCCUGUCUCCCUUGCUCCCAUCAUCGUCGCUCUUCUCUGGGCCCAGAACAAGGCCAAGAAGCAGAUGAUGAUCAAGUACUCUCGCCCUCCUAUCACCAAGGGCUGGCUCGUCACCAUCAAGGAUGCUUGCUGGGAGAUGGACUUUGUCGGUCUCAUCCUCAUCGCUGCUUCCCUCGCCCUCAUCCUCCUUCCCCUCGGUCUCGCUCCCUCCGCCUCCAACGGCUGGAAGACCCCUUCCAUGAUCGUCAUGAUCGUCAUCGGUGGUCUUCUUUUCCCGGUUGCCAUGCUCUACGAGGCCAAGGUCCCCAAGAAGCCUGUCGUCCCCUACAGGUGGCUCAAGCGAGGCCCCAUCCUUGGUGCCUGCCUCAUCGGUUUCUUCGACUUUGUCUCCUUCUACCUCCAGUACACCUACCUCUACUCUUACGUCUACGUUACCGAGAGCUGGUCCACCAGAGACCUCACCUACUUCUCCUCCACCCAGUCUUUGGGCCUUACCAUCUUCGGUAUCCUGGGUGGUAUCAUCAUGUUCAGCACUCAGAGGUUCAAGUGGAUGCUCUUCACUGGCCUUUUGAUCCGAUUGCUUGGUGUUGGUCUUAUGCUCCACGCCCGAUCCGCCAACGGUAACACAGCCUCCCUUGUCAUGUGCCAGAUCCUCCAGGGUCUCGGUGGUGGUUUCGCCGCUACCGCUAUUCAGGUCUCUGCCCAGGCCGCCGUCGCCCACGUUGAUGUCGCCACCGUCACCGCCAUGGUCCUCCUUAUCACUGAGGUCGGAAACUCCGUCGGUUCCGCUGUCGCCGCCGGUAUCUGGGCUUCCUACAUGCCUGGAGAGCUCGCUAAGCACAUCCCCUCCGCCAACGCCACCACCAUCGCGUCCCUCUACGGCUCCAUCACUCAGAUCGCGCUCUACCCCACCGACGACCCUGUCCGAACCGGUGCCAUAGCCGCUUACCAGGCCGUCAUGUUCAGGCUUGUCCUGGGCGCUGUUAUUGUUGCCAUCUUCCCUCCCAUCUUCUGCUUCUUCCUCACAAAGGACAUCAAGCUCACCCGAGCCCAGAACGCCAUUGAGAACAAGACUAUCGGUGGUGAGAAGACUGAGGAGGUUGCCGAUGAGAAGACUGCUUCUGAGGCUGGUAUCACUACCAGGGCUUAA